AUGGGCAAAGCGAUGGUGGCCAGGCUCGGACUGGGGCUGCUGCUUCUGGCGCUGCUCUUACCCAUGCAGAUUUAUUCAAAUCAAACAACUGCCAUAACACUUUCAAGUAACUCCACCCACAGUACCUCGGCUGCCCCAAGUACAACUAAUGUCACCACCCCAGGAGGUGAUGCCCUGCAGUCUACAGCCAGCCUCCUCGUGAUCUCACUCCCCCUUUUACAUCUUUACUGCUAAGAGACUCAGGUCAAGAAACAUCUAUGCUUCCCCAUCUUCUGAACCCAACCCAAAUGGCAUCUGAAGUCCAGUGUGGCAAGGAGAAAACGGGUCUUCAUCAAAUCUACUGGUU